CUGUCUUUAUUAAAAAGCACUACUUGAUUCUUUCCUUGUCUUCCCUUACAAAUUCAUAAUCAAACAGAAGCACUCACUGCUUUUUGAGUACAAGAACCCCUGUUUCUAGCAUGAGUUUAAAAGCACUGCACUACCUUGCUUUUCCCUGUCUUAACUACACAAGAGGCCAUGCAUUCAUCAUUACAUCCAUUACUAACAUUUUUAUAUUCUAAAGUAAGAUUUUGCUAGCAGACUUCAUGGAUGUAAGAGCAACUAAAAAAAUAUAAACAAGAGCUUGAAGACACUAGAGGGAAGCAGUAAAGGAAUGCUACUGUUUUAUGGCAGUCAAAGUCUGAUACUGGUCUCAUGCUCUACCUGCCAAAGUCUGUCUUUUUAUCAGUGAGAAAGGAGGAGGAGGAUGAUGAUGAUGAUGAUGAAACCUGGGAAUCAAAGUGAAGGAGUUAGAGAUUCUGCUGCUUUAGUUUCCAGCAACAGUGCCAUGGACCUCAAAGCCUCCAGACUAAUGCAAUGUGCUUCUGUUUACCAGUCCAUAGGAGAGGAGUCUCCAUUGGAGGGUGAUUCAAGCUUCUACAGCACAAACAAAGAAAAGCCACUGGUAGAUGCCUUUCCUGAUCCACUGUGCAAGCUCAAUCUCAAGGAGACAUCAGACUUUGUGAAGGCUUUUCCAGUGAGCACCAAUAACAACAAGGAAAGCUCAGCUCUGAGGAGGAGAGAGGUUGUGAGCUUUGUUGGGCAAAAGAGGCUGGAUGCUCCUUCCACUCCUGGAAGACCAAUCUUUAGUUUCAGCCCUUGGAAUCCACCCAGGAGGAGCAUACCUUCCAAGUGGGAUGAUGCUCAGAAAUGGUUAAUCAGCAGCUCAUGCCAUGAAUCCCCUGCCCAUGGGAUAAAGCCUUAUGAUUCUUCAGUGGUUUCCAAGCAAAAUGAUGGUUUUCACCAGAAAGGUGAUGCCUUUGCAGAGUUACUGAGCUCUAACAAGGAAACAGUCCCUGUGUUUCUGAAAGAUAAGUUCACAGACAAUGUGGAGCAAGUCUUGACCAAUUUCCAACCUUUAGAACCCAUGAAAGAAGGUUUUGUGUUCAAAAGCUCAUUCUUUGAGCCCAUGAAAGAUGCUGCUGAGGUUCAACAUAGAGACAUUGGUACAGAGAUGACUCCUCUGGGAAGCUCUACAACAUCAAGAUGUCACACUCCUAUUAAAAGCACUUCACCUUUAAGGCACAACACUCCAGCCAGCAGGUCUGGUCCUUUGUUCGCCUCUAGUAACACCACCAUUGAUAUUUCUGAGCUCAAUGACUGCCACUUUGCAAAGCUUGAACUGUGUUCUCAGUAUGAUGCCAUGGUUUCAAAUUGGAGCUCAAGAGAAGAGGAGGAACAGGAGAUUUCAAAGAGUUUAAGGCAUUUUGAUAUUAGUGAUGGAAGGAAGAGUGUUGCUGAAUGUAGAGCAUCUUUAUGGGAAGAUAAGGAGAAGAUCAAGAGUUGUACAAGGUAUCAGAGAGAAGAAGCAAAGAUUCAAGCUUGGGUAGACCUUCAGAAUGCAAAAGCAGAAGAACAGAGCAGAAAACUGGAGGUGAAAAUACAGAAGAUGAGAUCUAAUUUAGAGGAGAAAUUGAUGAAAAGAAUGGCAAUUGUUCACAGGAGAGCUAAAGAGUGCAGAGCAGCAGCCCAGCUACAGCAUUCACAGCAGCUUUUGAGAGCUUAUGAACAAGCACAAAAGAUCAAAAUCCAACAGAAACAGCAACAGCAACAGGCAUCUCUUUUCACUGACCACACAUCCUGUGGCUGUUUCUCAUGCAGCACCAUUAUCUGAAAAUCAAUGAAUUUUUUGUAACAAAAUUUACUUGUUUUGAGAUGAGUGAGAUGCCAAUGGUCUCUUGUGUCUCUGGAGCUCUGUGCCCAAUUGAGAGAACCUUUGUUUUUUAUCCACAGUUUCAAUAGUAUUCAGUAAAGUACAAGAGGCUUGACAGUGAA